AUGUUCCUCGAAGGCUUUGCGUACUUGGCGAAUCUCGUAUCGUCUUCGCCUCUCGUUCCGCAGCAGCGUCUUCAUGAACGCGUCGCGGAAUCAUCGACUUACUGGAAACGCUCGCGGCGUCAGCAAACACGGCUGACGAGACACGCCAAGUCGCGACGUGUCAAUAGGAGAACGAGAGAGAGAGAGAGAGAGAGAGAGAGAGAGAGCUUCGGGCAGGUCACCGAUUACACUGAUUUACAGGUGCCGCCUUCCUUUUUUGACGAUACCUCAUCCACGGCCCUGGGGAUGCAUACAAGACGUGGUCUGACGCCUUAA